AAGGGUGAUGCAUCACUGCACACUGGCCGGCUCACAGACCGGUCAGCGCUCGGGCUCGCCGCCGUGAACACGCUCAGCUCGAACGAGCUUGUGUCCAAGUCCAAGGUCGUCACGCACACGCACGCCGUGUUCUGGAAGGAGUCCGGCUGCCUCUUCAGGAUCGACAGCACCAAGAACAGCUCCGGCGUACCCCUCAACCAU